UACCACGUCAAGCCCGUUAUAAGAAGGCACAGUGAUGAGAGAGAGAUUCAAGAAAGCAGCAGCAGCAGCAAUGGUGGCUACAAAGCUCUUUCUUUUCCCUCUUGUGAUAUUUGUUUCUUCUUUCAUCCAAACACCCAUAUUUGCUAGCAAUAAGAAAUCUUAUGUGGUGUAUUUUGGAGCCCAUUCUCAUGGCCCCCAACCUUCUUCCAUUGACUACGAACGAGUCACGAACUCCCACUACGACUUCUUGGCAUCGUUUGUCGGGAGCAAAGAGAAGGCAAAAAAUGCCAUCUUCUACUCCUACACCAACCAUGUGAACGGUUUCGCCGCGAAGUUAGAAACGGAGGAAGCUGACGAGAUAUCAAAGCAUCCGGAUGUUAUAUCGGUUUUCAGGAACAAGAUGGCGAAGCUACACACGACUCGCUCAUGGGAGUUUCUGGGGCUAGAGAAGAACGGCAAGAUUCAUGAAGGAUCGUUAUGGCAGAAGGCGAGGUUUGGCGAGGAUAUAAUUAUUGGGAAUCUUGAUACGGGCGUUUGGCCGGAAUCAGAGAGCUUCAACGAUAAUGGAAUGGGGCCCAUUCCAAAGAGGUGGAAGGGAUCAUGUGAUAAAAAGGGUGGAGUUCGUUGUAACAGGAAGCUGAUCGGAGUCAGAUACUUUAAGGAAGGGUACGAGGCCGAACAUGGCCCAAUCAACAUCACACUCUCCGCACGUGACACCGAUGGCCAUGGGACCCACACUCUCUCAACGGCUGGCGGUCGCUCCGUUCCCGUAGCAAAUUUCCUCGGUUAUGGCAACGGUACAGCAAAAGGCGGAUCACCCAAUGCCCGUGUGGCCGCAUACAAAGUCUGCUGGGACGACUGCUAUCCUGCGGAUCUCCUCGCAGGCUUUGAAGCAGCGAUCAGCGAUGGCGUAGAUGUGUUAUCCAUCUCCGCUGGUGAGUCAGACGUCGAUGAAUACUUUCAAAGUGCCAUCGCUAUUGGAUCCUUCUUUUCUGUCAUAAAAGGUAUCACCGUCAUCUGCUCGGCUGGGAACUUGGGUCCCAAGAGUGGUACGGUUGAAAAUGUAGCCCCUUGGAUCAUAACUGUGGGGGCCAGUACAAUGGACAGGGAAUUCCCAUCAUACGUCCAGCUUGGUAAUAACAAGCGCAUCAAGGGACAGAGCCUCUCACAAACAGCCCUUCCACCCAACAAAUCAUAUCCAUUGAUCAUAUCCAGUGAUUCUAAAUCUACCAAAUCAACGGCUCACAAUGCCAGCCUCUGUCUACCAGGUUCACUCAAUCCUAAAAAGGUAACAGGAAAGAUUGUUGCCUGUCAAGUUGGAUCGAUCAGUAGUGCGAAAAAGGGCGAUGUAGUGAAAAGGGCAGGAGGUGUCGGUGCCAUCGUUAUGCAUGUGCCCAUUACCGAUGCCUUGGCAUGGCCUCAUCUCCUCCCAGCUACUGAUAUCGCCUGGAAUGGCACUCUUGCAUUACUGUCCUACAUUCGAUCCACUCCAUCACCGACAGCUUACAUCACCCGGCCUACAACAAGGCUCCAAACCAAGCCCGCUCCCACUAUGGCUGCAUUCUCAUCACGGGGGCCUAAUCGAAUCACGCCGGAGAUCCUCAAGCCGGAUAUUACUGCACCAGGAGUGGAUGUCCUUGCAGCUUAUACCCAAUACACUGGGCCCAGCCAUCUCCCUUCCGAUCCACGCCGAGUUCUCUUCAAUGCAAUAUCUGGAACGUCCAUGUCAUGCCCUCAUAUUGCUGGCAUUGUCGGCCUUCUCAAGGCAGUCCACCCCAAAUGGAGCCCAUCUGCGAUCAAAUCGGCAAUCAUAACCACUGCACGAACAAAAGACAAUAUAGGAGUGCCCAUGGGAAACUCUACUUUAUAUAAGGCUACCCCUUUUAGCUAUGGUGCAGGACACGUGAAUCCUAACCGUGUGGUGGACCCUGGCUUAGUCUACGAUCUAACCAUUAAGGACUACUCAAAUUUCUUAUGCGCCGUGGGAUACAACGUGACUGUAUUUGAGGGUUUCACCGGUGAACCCUACCCAUGCAAUCGGAACUCCUUCAAUCUCUUGAACUUCAAUUACCCUUCAAUAACUGUCCCGCAUCUCUCUGGCCUCACCUCUAUAAGUAGGACCGUCAAGAAUGUGGGCCACCCAAGUACCUACAAAGCCAGGAUCCUUGCACCACCAGGAAUUUCUGUAUCAGUCAAGCCCAUGAGCUUGAAAUUUGAGAAGAUCGGUGAAGAGAAGACAUUUAAGGUUAGCCUACUGGCCAAGGAAGGUGGUGUGGCUGGUGAUUAUGUGUUUGGGAAGCUGAUAUGGUCAGAUGGUAAGCACUACGUGAGAAGCCCUAUAGCGGUAAAGGUCGCAAAAGCCUAAAAAGGGUUGAAUUUGCUUAAUGGCUUUGGAUCGUGGCUUUUGGUCUUGUACAAGUUCAUGUCUAGCAUGAAUUACUAAGUUAAGGUAGAAAUUAUCAUAUCUAUAUUUAAGUAUUUAAAUAAAGGGUCGUUUGACAAA